AUGGGCAACGUCAUCGCUAAACCAGCUCGCAAGAUUGAGGUUUCCUUUUAUCUGUCAUGGGUCAACAUAUGGCCUUCUAUGCCAGAUUCCAACCCCGACGAAGACACCACCAACUUGACUGUGCCUGAGCAGGCCGAAGUAUUCCUCCGAGAAUCUUCGUCUCCUCUUCCAAGCUACAGCUUGCUUAGACGGGUGGCUUCGUCCUUUCGCCGAUCCCUCACCAACGGUCAGAUACCCCUUGGUGGCGUUGAUGCUCCCAGCUGCAGCGAGACCAACCUCGCGUCAGGAGACUACAAUCCAAACUCAGAUUGUACUUGCAAUGGCCUCUACCCUGUCCCACACGACGCAGGCAUAGACAGUAUCAUGGAACAAGCCAAUUGCACUGCCAUCCACAAUACCCACCAGGCGCUUCAAACCGUUCUCAAGCGAAAGUCCGAAUGGAAUACGACAUCCCUCUUCUCGCCGAGAAACCUUAUCGAAGCUGUAACCGAGCUUCUCUUGGCCAACGCCGAUGUGCGAGAUCCUCCAACCACAUGCCAGGGUCCAGCAGAGGUGACCAACCUGCACAAGAUACGAGCCCCAGAUCGUCGGCCAAGUCCCCAAAAUGACACUGUUGAUGUCAUCCACCGGCAACUCUACCCCGCAGCGGAAGACGUCAAAUUCUGCACCGAUGCCAAGUACUACUUCGUUCUCGGCGCCAUCCACAGUGAUCCCGCCCAUGACGGACUGAUCCGCGCCAUUGCCGACGCAGGUAAUGAUAUCCUGAUUGCCGAUUACUGCGAGGUGGCGGACGCCGCAACCCUAAAGUUACUACAGCAGAGUGGCGCAGCGGCAGUAGCAUUCCCCAAGCUAUGCGUGCUCUUGGGAAUCUUCUCCGAAUGGUCAUUUGAAAAUAUGAUGGCCUCGGUGCUGCACUUCCGCGUUCUGGGAUACUACCGCGACCAUGCACGGAGCCGCUUACCGUCCGGUGUCUACGGCAGUCGCAUGACCAGCCUAACAGCACACAGAUACGUUGACCUGGGAAUAUUCUUUGCUGUGGCGUCUACCUCUGUGUGGACAAAGGAGCAAGUCAACGAGGCAGAGUUCACGCUGUUGAAUAUCGUAUGUACGUUUAUAAACGACAUGGUGGAUCUGCGUAGCGAUACUGCGCGGAAGCAGCGGGAGAAUAUUGUUUUACGCGGAGUACGAGGGGAUCUCUGCGAAUACUUGGACCAAAUGAUGUUUGAGUGUAUUGAGACAGCUACGCUUGCCGUUCAGACGAAUCCGACGUGCGCGUAUGUCUUGAUGGCGUUUUGUAAUUGGGCUGUGAUGAGCUCGCAUCAUAAGGUGUAUGAGAUAAGUACGCAGGUCUCUGAGGUUGGGAAGCAGGAUGAAUGUCUAUCACGGUCAAGGGACCAUCAGCGGGCGUACUGGGGGCUGCUGGAGGUGUUGGCUCCGUAUGGGACUUUGGGGAAAGAGGGCCCUAGGGUAGGACAGACGCGAGCGGAGUUGGAUUUCCGAUAUGGGGUAUGUCGGUCUUCGUCUACUUUGCAUGCGGCGUGGUUGGCGGAUAUCACGAGAAGUCUUUUGGAGCCGCGGACUUUGAGGAGGAUUGUGGAUGUAGUGCAUUUUGAGUGGACGGGGUGUGAGGGUGAGGUGGAAUAUUGCCCAUGA